AAGAAAUGCAGUUGCGUCGAGUUGGUGAAUCAGCACUUCUCUUCAGUUGAAGAUUCUCUUGAGACAUUCCAGGUUCUCAAGGUUCUACAACAAUCAAUACAAUCGGCCAAGUCAAUUUUGGAGUGCAACACCUGUUUCGGAUCGUGGGACACGAACCCUGGGACGUCCAGAAACGUCUACCUUCUCGGCUCAUUAAUGUCAAGCAUCAGCUCUUCAUACGGCGACUUUUUCCUCCACCAGAAACGCAUCGCCGCCGAGUCAGCGAGUAGUGGCAAACCCAUCAAGGUCCUACUUGGCCAGCCACCAGAUGAGGCCGCCACUGUCGAGCUUGCCCUUGAUGGCCAAAGCUAUGGGGAUUUCAUACGCGCGAGCCUUAGACAGGAGCUGGGGCGUCUUCUGAAGUUGAGCGAUGCGUUUGCGGAAAGACAGACUCGGUUACACAACCAAGGCCACGAAGGCUGCGAGCCAGGGAAGGACUGCACAAACGUAGAGUUUGUGCCUGACGAAAAACAUCCGGCAGAGGUGUGUCCAAGAGAUGUGGACAUUACCGAGGUCUUUUCAUGCUUCCGCACAGUUGACCAGGUACGGGCCGUUAUGAUGGAGACGCAGAAGAUCAUAUCAGCAUAA